CCGCCUGUCCCUCAAGAUGGCGCCACGUCGCCCGAAAUACAACCGGCAUGAACGGACCAAUGAGAGGCCGGCGAGAGUAUCCUGGUUCAAUGUUCACUUUGCCUUUUCUCGUCCCAGCCACAGAUACAGCAGUAUGAGCAGCAGCCCGCUGAGCCCGAACGCUAAGCGCGACGCGAUCAUUAGCAACUCGACGACGCAGGGCAUCAAGGCCGCAGCGAUCGCCGGCGUCACGGCGGGCUCGCUUGUCGCGGUCGCGCACCAUCAGUCGCCGUGGUUCCGCAACCGCCUCGGCGUCAGCGGCAAGGUCGGGCUCGCGGUCAUGGCCUCGCUGGCCUCCUUUGCGAUCGUCGCCGAGCAGGACCUUCUCCGAGGCAGCCGCAACCCGGACGCGUACUUGGCGGAGCUCCAUGAAGACAACGCGCCGAUUGCGGCCAAGCCCGACCACCACCUGCCGCUGCACCAGCGCGCGGCCAACUACGUCUACGACUACCCGUUCCGGACGCUCGUGUGCUCGGCGACGCCGCUCGUCGGCCUCAUCUUCUUUGACCAGAGCCGCAACGCCAACAUUCAGUUUUCCCAAAAGGUCAUGCACACGCGCAUUUACGGCCAAGGCUCGUGCGUGGUCCUGCUCCUCGGCACGAUGGCCUUCCACGACUGGAUGUCCAAGCGCGGCCGCUUCGAGUAGGUUGUGUAGCUCUUUCACCUUUCGCCCCGCAAUAAAAAAUCAUCCACAGAGACCACAACAUGGUUUAAAGCAGUGCA